AUGUUCCGCGUCUUUACCUCCCCAAUACUCGCCAAGGUACCCUACGCCACCCUGUUUGAGUACAACCAUGUCCUCAAGAAGGUGUUUGAGGCCCAGCCGUCAAAGGUGGCGCUGAGACAUGAGGUGCCGGGGAUGCCCGAGGUGCAGUUCACGUACGGGCAGUUGCAGCGCGACGUAGUGGCCAUGGCGGACGCGAUGGUUCGGCGCAAAGAGGCAGUGGCGCAGGCGCGCGGCGAGACUUCGCUGAGCUGGCUGCAGCCAAGCAGGCCGGCGCACGUGCGUAGCGUGUUCGCGCAAGGCGAACGGACACCGAGCUGCGACUACAUGAAGGACACAGGCUUCUACACGACGUCCGUGUUGUGCGGCCCGGGGUACACGUAUGCUGUGUCGCUGCUGGCGAGCUGGUCACUGAACCAGCUGGUCACACCGAUGUCCGUGUCUCAGCGGUAUAAGGAUGAACUGAUGUACGUGCUGAAGCACAGCGGCAGCCGCAGCAUUGUGGGCAACACAAAUCUGCUGAAGGAGAAGUUACCUGCCGAGUACGAGGAGCUGUACGUUCGCGCUGAGGUGGACAUCGAUAAAAUCCCGCAGAGUGCGUCGAGGGAACCAAAGCUGCCCGAGAACUCCAGCGUCACCUCCAACACGUUCCUCGUCGACACCGUCUACGACGCCACUCUUCUCGUUCGCGACAUCACUGCAAAGCGUGAUACUAAGGAGACCGCCAUGCUGGAGACGGAGUGGCUACCGCCCGCGAAGAGCGCCUGUGCACCGAUGCAGAGCGCUCAGGAUCUCGUGAAGCGUCUCGACGACGAAAAGGCCGCCGCCAAGGCUCGCGAGUUGGAUCGGCACGCAGAGAUUGUGCAGCAGGAACAUCUCCUCCGGAACCGUGCGCCCACGGAAGCCACGGGAGGUGCUGUUCCUGCCGGGAGCGACGUGGACGGUGAUGGCCUCUUCUGCUUCGACUCCGGGCACCUUGAUGGACUGAAUCCCGUUUACCAGCGCUGGCACGCUAUGCCGUGGGCACGCCCCACCAAGUAUGACGACUGCCUCAUGCUCUACACCUCCGGCACGACGGCAAAGCCGAAGGGCGUCGUGCACACCCACGCCAGCGUGACCAACAUGGUGAAAGUGCUGCAGGAUGCGUGGCAGUGGAGAGAUACGGACAGCAUUCUUCACGUCUUGCCGUGGCACCAUGUACACGGCCUUGUAAACAUUCUUCUGUGCGCCAUCGCGUCGAAUGCUCGUUGCGUAGUGACCACCUUCGACGACGCUGCGCGGGUGGCCCAUCGGCUCGAGCAGGGCGACAUCACGCUCUUUAUGGCGGUGCCCACCGUCUAUGCGAAGCUCAGUGAUGCCGUGCAGCGCAAGUUCAGCCCCGUUGAGAAGACCGGAUUCCGAAAGGCUUGCAUGGAAUCUGUGCGCCUCAUGGUCUGUGGCAGCGCACCCCUGCCGGUGCCCACGCUCAACCAGUUCUGCGAGCUCUCGGGUCACACGCUGCUAGAGCGCUACGGCAUGACAGAGAUCGGCAUGGCCCUCAGCCAGCCGCUCCACCCCAUCUCCGACCGGCACCCCGGAACGGUAGGCUCGCCGUUGCCGACAGUGAAGACGUAUGUGCACCAGCCGGAGACGGCGGAGGCGAUGGAGCAGGCGUCGGCAAAGGAGGCGGAGUACGACGAGGUGGGUGGGCUGAGUAUCGCGUCGGAGUCGCUGUUCGACCGCUACUGGAACAAUGCGACGGCGACGAAGAAGGAGGUGCGGACGAAUGCGGCAGGGAUGCGGUUCUUCGACACGGGCGACACCGUUGGCGUGCGGCUGCGCGCGAGAAAGCCUGCUGUGUAUACAAUUCUGGGGCGGUCGACCGUGGACAUCAUCAAGUCGCGCGGGUACAAGCUCUCUGCGCUGGAGAUCGAGGCGACGCUGCUUGCGCGCAACGACCUGUUUUACGAGAUGGCUGUUGUUGGCGCCGCGGACGCUGUGCAGGGUGAGAGCGUUGUGGCGGUUGUUGCGAUGCAGCCGGAGGCGGCGAGGGCGCGCGGCAUCGCGUUUGGCAAGGGCGCCGCGUGGUGCGAGUCUGCAGCGGUGACGGAAGAGCUGAAAAAGGUUGCCCUGCAGCUACUGGCGCCGUACAAGUGCCCGUCUCGGUACAUUGUCGUGCCGGAGAUCCCGCGCAACGCAACGGGCAAGGUGAACAAGAAAGAGUUGAAGAAGGUGCUGAGUCUUCCGUGA